UGUAACGACAUCGCGCCGGGGGAAGGUUUGUCACACAUUCCCGGACUACAUAUUGUAAAAAUAAGUAGCUCUUGGUGCCUGGGCCGGUCAUCACCUUCAGCCACGGAGCGUCAGAGCCCAGCUUGGUGGCGGCCCCUGUUCUGCUCCUGGGGGGGCUGGCCACCCCUACCCUGUCACCCUCAGCCUUAGGCCGCAGUGGGUGCUGAGGAGGGCGGCUGGGAGCUUGAGGCAGCAAAUGGUGGGACCGGAGGAUGCCGGCGGACAGGGGGCUCCUGUGUUUUACCGCUGCGGAGAGGACAGGGAAGGGCUGACUGAGGAAGAGGAAGGAGAAGAGGAGGCGGGGAGACCGGACAUACUCCAUCUCUACAUCACCGGUCCUGGGAUGAGGAUGACUAACGGGGAUCUGGGAUACUGCCCCCGGGGGGAAGCAGGGGAGUUACCUGGGGGCACCGUGGAGCCAGCGCCCCUUUCCGUCCAUACAGAGGAGAUGAAAGUGCCCAAUGGUGGUCUCCUGCCCGCCGGCUCCUGCUGCAAACUGUCUGGCGAAGAUGAGCCCCCGGCCCAGGGAUGCUCCUGUCACCGCCAGUGCUGCAGCGAGGAUGAGUCGGCGGUCAGUCGAUUGCCUCACCCUUCUCACCCCCUGAAGGAGCGAGUUCCACCGGAGUUUUCUCCCAGUGACUCUGCACCGUCUGCACGGACUCCUCCCGAUGGAUCUCCUCCAUCCAGCUCCAACUCAUCCCCGGUCAGCGCCCACACUGUGGCUGGUUACUUUGUGUCGGACGAGGCGGACAGAUUCCGUUUCCUCGAUGUCACCCUGAACUCCCAUAACACUUACGAAGUGAGCCGGCGGCAAAGCGCUCCCGACCAUCUGGAUGAUGGGCUGAGCCUUCCCCAGGGUAGCCCCGGGCCCCAGGAGCAGGACGGGGAGAGGCCCUGGAGGAUGGGCAUCGCCGACUUCUUCACCAGGAACUUCUUCUCGAAAAGAUCAAAAGAUGUGAAAGCUUCAGCGCUGAGUGCUCCAGGCUGGAAAUUGUUUGGGAAAGUUCCUCCUAGAGAGAAUGUUCAGAAAGACUCCAAGAUCAUUCAGCAGGAUGACAGUUCUGGCAGUCUAUCGUCAGUCUCCACGCCAAAUCUUUUAAACACAGGGGAAUAUGAAGCACGUGCAGGAAGAACUUGUAAAACUUCAGCACAGUCCACAAGACGUAAAAAGUUUGAGUUUGAACCACUUUCCACCACCGCUCUCAUUUUGGAAGAUCGGCCUGCAAAUCUGCCUGCUAAAUCAGCCCUGGAAACAUUACGUCAUCGACAGGAGUAUGAUGAGAUGGUAGCUGAGGCAAAGAAACGUGAAGUAAAAGAAGCACAGAGGAGGAAAAAACAAAUGAAGGAAAGAUUCAAGCAGGAGGAAAAUAUCGCGAGUGCCAUGGUGAUUUGGAACACUGAAAUUCUGCCAAACUGGGAUGUCAUGCGAAGUACAAGAAGAGUCCGAGAUCUUUGGUGGCAAGGCCUACCACCUAGUGUGCGUGGGAAAGUAUGGAGCUUGGCUGUAGGAAAUGAACUUAAUAUCACUCCCGAGCUUUAUGAAAUCUUCUUGUCAAGAGCUAAGGAACGAUGGAAAAGUUUCAGUGAAACUGGCUCCGAAAAUGAAACCGAAGAUACUGGAGUGUCUGUUGCUGACAGAGAAGCCAGCCUGGAGUUAAUUAAAUUAGAUAUAUCACGAACAUUCCCAUCACUUUAUAUUUUCCAGAAGGGUGGACCUUAUCAUGACUUGUUGCACAGCGUGUUAGGAGCUUAUACAUGCUAUAGGCCUGAUGUUGGCUAUGUCCAAGGCAUGUCCUUCAUCGCUGCUGUUCUUAUUCUGAACUUGGAGGAAGCAGAUGCAUUCAUCGCAUUUGCAAAUCUUCUAAACAAGCCAUGCCAGCUGGCGUUCUUCCGCGUGGAUCACAGCAUGAUGUUGAAAUAUUUUGCGGCCUUUGAAGUAUUCUUUGAAGAGAACCUCCCCAAACUUUUCCUGCACUUCAAUUCCUAUAGUCUGACACCAGACCUCUACCUGAUAGACUGGAUUUUUACACUAUACAGCAAGUCACUGCCACUUGAUCUCGCUUGUCGGGUCUGGGAUGUCUUCUGCAGGGAUGGAGAAGAGUUUUUAUUUAGGACAGCUCUGGGAAUCCUGCGACUGUAUGAAGACAUUCUCUUACAGAUGGACUUUAUUCAUAUAGCACAGUUCCUAACAAAGCUGCCUGAAGAUAUCACGUCGGAGAAGCUCUUCAGCUGCAUAGCGGCCGUUCAGAUGCAAAACAGUAAUAAAAAAUGGUCCCAGGUCUUCACAUCACUAACAAAGGAUUACAAAGAAGGCUGAUGAGUGCUGACCUCUUAAGUCGAUCAACUCACUUUUCUCUGAACUGCGUAAAACCACUUAAAAUAAUCAGAGGGAUCUAGUGUCUAUCUUUUGAUGGAAAACCACUACCGACAAGUAUGAUUGGUGAAGCCCCAGGGAAUUGCACAUUGACUUAAAAGGCGGUGGAAUACAUACCGACUUUCCGUUCGUCAGUAUUAAAGUGAAUACGCGUUCAGUUUGCUCGCAACACUGAUCGCGUGUUUUUGAAACUAAUGGAACAUUUACUACUCAAAUAUUUAAUGCAAUAAACAUUUGUUACAGAAAUUUUCCUUGGUACACUAAGUUUUGAAGUAUACGUUUUUUAAACUACAGUUGCACUUUUAUGUCCCUUUUUUUUGUUUUUGUUUUUUUUAAUAUAAGUGCAAUGGUUAUAUAAAAGAUGCAGUCUGAACCAAUCGCUGGUACCAACACAAACUGUGGGUUGCAAUCUGCAGAGGACCAAAUGGGUUAUAAUAUUGUGCAUUUGGUGAUCUGUUGAAUUGUUAACAUCUUUGCUGAACGUUAUUUUCUGGGGUCCGUUCCCACCUGCUAAGGUCCGUUAAUGUUUAUGCAGCCAGUAAUGUGAUGAAUAUUGAACAUUUUACCACUGUGAAACUACCCACACCAUCUGUCCAUGUAUCUUCUACUUUAGACCUCUGUGGAACAGCCACGUGUGAAACCGUAUAGGUUACUGCUGUCCUAGCAUGAUUCCCUGUUGCAACUGGAGGCAUUUGCGCUUCUUAAUGUAUUUGGGUCCAAACCCUGUUUGUAAUUCAUGGCUUAGAAACUUGAGUACAAAUACAAGGCAAGUACUUAUUGGGUAAAUAAAAUAAUCAGUAAGACGCUAUAAGUCAGGUCGUUUUUAAUUUUGUUAUUAAGAAGUACUGUGUAUCAUUACACUCCAAUAAUAAUCCUGGGUUUCCAUCAUAACAGCAACAUUUUCUCUGUAAUUAAACACAAAAAAUGAGUUUUUUUCUUUAUAGGCAUCCAAUCUAUUACAG